UUGGAAAAGAAAGACCGGCGUUCCUUGUUUGACCCGGUACAACUCUCUCUCUCUCUCUCUUCCAAUAAUUCCACCACUCGAUCAUCAAUCAAUUUGAACGCUAAAGUACUCAAUUUCACACGCAGUAACUCUCAUAUCACUCUAUCUCUUGCUGUACAAUUCUUAUUAGCCUCCACCGAGUUUUCUUUAUAUAUAUAGUUUAUUGUUCGUUGAAAGUCUAUUGCUUGCUUGCUCGCUUUGAAUAUUCAAACAAGGACUUGCUAGUUAUCUCUCUUUUAAGGUCUUUGGUUGGUUUUCCAGUUCUGAAUCUAUGAUCUACAAACUUCCUUAUCUUCUUUGAGCAGACACCGAUAUUUUGUUGUUGAUUCAAAAUUCCCCUUUUGUGUGGGUUCUGCGAUCUUCACGAGUUUGGAUUUGUGGCUUCUAAGGUUCUGGUGUUAAGAGUGCUGAGAAUUUACAGGUUAGUAAUUAAAGCUGUAAUAUGCGCAGAACAGAAGUCUAAGUGGAUUAUCAUCCCUAGGUCAAUGAGCCUAUGACGGUCUCUUCAUGAACAUGGAAAUGAAUAGCAGAGCUCUUACUGUUCUUUUUGGUGGUUUUAUGUGGUUGCUGUUGAGUUGCAGCUCCAGUUAUGGUCUUCAGAGCGAUAUAGAUUGCUUGAAAUCUCUAAAAGGGUCCUUGGAAGACCCAUUCAAUUACUUGGGUUCAUGGAAUUUCGAUAAUACCACUGAAGGCUCCAUUUGUAAAUUUACUGGUAUCGAUUGCUGGCAUCCUGAUGAGAACAAGGUUUUAAAUAUCCGGCUUUCAGACAUGGCACUCAAGGGCGGGUUUCCACUUGGUCUUCAAAAUUGUACAGCCUUGACAGGCUUAGAUCUUUCCAGCAACAAGCUUAAUGGAACUAUUCCAUCCAACAUCUCAAAUAUAACCAAGUUUGUGACAUCAUUUGAUCUCUCCUCCAACAAUUUGUCAGGAGGAAUUCCGAAGGACCUAGCAAACUGUAGCUAUUUGAAUAUCAUCAAACUCGACAGCAACCAGUUGACUGGUCAGAUUCCUGCUGAGCUUGGCCUGCUUGCUCGGAUCAAGACUUUUAGUGUAGCAAACAAUCUGUUGAGUGGGCCAGUUCCAAGGUUUUCAAAUUUACAAAUUUCAGCAGAUAGUUAUGCAAAUAAUUCAGGUCUCUGUGGCACUCCUUUACCCAAUUGCCAGGCUACUUCAAAGAAAACCAGCCCUGGAGUCAUUAUUGGAGCUGCUAUUGCCGGGUUGACUAUCACAGCAUUAGGUGUGGGUAUUGGUAUGAUCUUAUUUUCACGUAGGGUGUCGAAAAAGAAGAAGGAAGAUGACCCCGAAGGAAAUAAAUGGGCAAAGAGUAUAAAGGGAGCCAAAGGCAUUAAGCUUUCUAUGUUUGAGAAGUCGGUUUCAAAAAUGAGACUGGGUGAUCUCAUGAAGGCUACUAACAACUUCAGCAAAGACCACAUCAUUGGGUCAGGAAGUACAGGAACCAUGUACAGGGCAGUGCUCGAAGAUGGCACAUCGCUUAUGGUGAAGAGGUUGCAGGAUACUCAACACUCCGAGAAGGAAUUUGCAUCUGAAAUGGCUACUCUGGGUAAUGUGAAGAAUCGUAACCUGGUUCCUCUUCUAGGUUUUUGUGUGGCUAAGAAGGAGAGGCUUUUGGUUUAUAAGCACAUGCCAAACGGUACGCUCCAUGAUCGGCUACAUCUUGUAAAUGAAGGUGACAAAUCUAUGGACUGGCCUCUGAGGCUCAAAAUUGGGAUAGGGGCAGCAAAAGGGUUUGCUUGGCUCCAUCAUAAUUGUAAUCCCCGUAUAAUACAUCGAAACAUAAGUUCCAAAUGCAUCUUACUGGACGUGGAUUUUGAGCCCAAAAUAUCUGAUUUUGGACUCGCUAGGCUCAUGAAUCCAGUUGAUACUCAUUUGAGUACUUUCGUGAAUGGGGAGUUUGGAGACUUGGGUUAUGUUGCUCCAGAGUACGCACGGACUCUUGUAGCGACUCCAAAAGGGGAUGUUUACAGCUUUGGAGUUGUGCUUCUUGAAUUAGUGACCGGUGAGAGACCUACCUAUGUGGCCAAAGCCUCGGAUAGCUUUAAGGGAAGUUUAGCGGAGUGGAUUACAGAGCUUUCAAGCAACUCUCAGCUUCAAGAUGCCAUUGACAAUUCUCUGGUUGGGAAGGGUUGUGAUGCUGAGCUUUUCCAGUUCCUUAAAGUUGCGUGUAACUGUGUAGUUCCAGCUCAUAAGGAGAGGCCUACUAUGUUUGAAGUGUACCAGCUUCUAAGAGCUAUUGGGGAGCGAUACAAUUUCACAACAGAUGAUGAAAUUUUGAUGCCAUCAGACAGCAGUAAUGCUGAUUUUAUAGAAGAACUUAUUGUUGCUCGAGAAGUAAAGGCGAAUCAUUAAGAUUGGUUCAAGUAAGUGUGAUAUUUAUAUAGUGAUGAAUUACACUAUAAUCUAUAUGUAAUUAUAUGUUGUUUUUGGUGUUCAAAUAAAUGUUUAUAUCUCUCAUAACUAGAGAAUUAAACUAGUGAGUGUGAUAUUUAAACUAGAAUAUUACACUUAGUUGAUUAUGAUGGUUCAAUAGCAUAAAGGUACUAUAGUAACAUCAUUAAAUGUUAUCGGGCCUUCUGAGAGGUACAGUUUUGUGCAUUUAA